GAUCUGAUGUCUAUUUAGUCUUUUCAGACAGCAGCCAUCAACCCACCUUUUAAUGCAACGAUCCCGGCCUGUUGUCUCCUUAUUUGCCGUAAGCAGUAAAGCACGUUGUAACCUUUGCAGCGGGGCGCAUAACGUGUUUGAAAAGGAAUGCAGAGAAGCGGGAAUGAUAGGGGCAGAUGGAUUCAGAGGGGAGUUAAAGGGCCUACUGGGAGUUCUGGGACCGAAGAGGUUGGAAUAACAAAGGAUCAGAGACUGGGAGGAGCAGGAAAAAAUCUGAUUGACCUCACUGGUUAAUCCACUUGCCACUAGCGUCUGUGUGUGAGUGUUUUACCCCCCAUUUACUAACACAUGGCCUGUAGGACACCCUGCGUGGCCGGACUCUGAGACGGACGGACAGAAUGGUCUCCAGAAUCACAGAGUACCUCCAUCUUGGAAACAAACUUCUUGGUUGAAUGAAGAGGAGCUUAUAGAGCGACCAGGUGUACGAAUAAUUAUGGCCUCGACUGCAUGCAGAGAGGCGGACUGCAGGAACUCCUCAAUACUCUCCGGCACCAGGCGGGGGCGCUGUUGUCUAUGGAAAGUUCCCCCCCUGAUGUUUCGGCCAAUCCCCGAGCUGCGGUCACCGUGUAAUCCAGCCCCAGUCCUGCUCCUCCGCUCCGGGAGAGAGAGAGAGAGGAACAGUCCAGAGAAAACCAGGAGAAGAAGCGGUCGGAGCGGAGUUUUGUGUCGGUAACAGAGAGCUCCGGCAAUGGGAAGCCUCCACAGGCAGGACCCCUAAAUAGACGGAAAAGUGCAGCGGGAGAUUAUCGAUUAUAGAUCGGAUGUCAGCCGCGCGGGGGACCGACGGAAGAAGACAAGGAGGAGAAACAUGAGUCGGCACCAGCCUCAGGGAGUGGUUUUAACGAGUUACCACAGCAACACCGAGCCGUUACCGCACACGGGACUGUGUGCCGGUUCCACUCCCAGCUGCCCGCCGGCACCGGAGCCGGAGACCGACGCGCUCAGUCGCAAAACCGGCCACUACAGUCUUCAGCAGCACCAAAACGCACAGCAACAUGAAGAUAAAUAUGGGCCUUCGUCAACAACCAGUGAUACAGGAACCAGCGGCACUGACUCAUCUCUGCUUCUCGAUUCAAGCUCUGCUGCUCACCCCAGGGCCCAGACUUCCUCCAGCCCUAAGCCGAGCACCAGUCCCGGCUCCAGACCCAGACAACGGCCCAAAUGCCAGCGCAGCUACUCUCAGGACUCUCUGGACGAACUGGAGAUGGGCGACUACUGGAGGGAGAUUGAGAAUAUCAAGAGCUCCGGCGGGGAACCAGAGAGGGGAGGAGAAGGAGAAGUUCAAGAGGAGGAGCAGCAGAAAAUUCCUGAGGAAGGAGAGCAUGAAGAGGCGUGGCUUACAGAGGCGGGGCUGGCACAACUCUUUGGUGACUCUUUAGCUGCUGACGACCAGGAGGAAGACAGCGGCGCGUUCCUGUCCACCCUCACCAGAACGCAGGCUGCUGCCGUGCAACGCCGCGUGGCGUCUUACCAGCAGACGCUGCGGCGACGCAACCGCCAACACUUCCCCAAUGUUCGGGAUAUUUUCAGACCUCCUGAAAAGGAUGAAGAGCCUCCAAAAGGGGAAAGCGAAAAAGAUGCAACUACUGCUGAGACUGAGACAGAGCUGGACGUGGAAGUGGCGUUUUCGGAACAGGCGCUCUCCUACCGGGACAAUAAUCAGAGGUUGAAGGUCUCCAACAGCCUUAACUCCCCCGAUGACAAACUUCCAAACUUCAAGCUCCUCCGGGAUAAAACGGGUCAGACCAGAGUGGGAGAUCUGUCUCCUUUGGAUAUGAAAAAGGUGCGCAGACUUGUGCUUGUAGAGAUGACUGCUCUGUUCGACACGGCUGGGAUAGACGUCAAGGCCAAUAAACCUGGCAAAGUCAAAAGCAAAGAAAGUGGGCUGUUUGCUGUUCCUCUGACCACUUUAUUGGAUCAAGACCAGCGGCAGGCACCUGGGACCAAAGUGCCACUUAUCAUGCAAAGGCUCAUUAAUCAUGUAGAGGAAGAAGGAUUAGACACCGAAGGUUUGCUACGGAUCCCUGGAGCAGCCACUAGAGUCAAGUCACUGUGCCAGGAGCUCGAGUCAUCUUUCUACGACGGGACGUUUCAGUGGAACCAGGUGAAGCAGCACGAUGCUGCGAGCCUUUUGAAGCUGUUCAUCAGGGAGCUGCCCUAUCCACUGCUCACCGUGGAGUACCUCAAUGCGUUUCUUGCUGUCAACAAGCUCCCCACAAAGAAGCAGCAACUCCAGGCCUUGAACCUGCUGGUACUUUUGUUGCCUGAGGCCAAUCGGGAUACUUUGAAGGCACUGGUUGAGUUUUUCCAGCGAGUGAUUGAGCAGCACGCCAAAAACAAGAUGACUCUAAACAACGUCUCCGUGGUCAUGGCACCCAACAUCUUCAUGUUCAAAGGCUUUCGGUCCAAGGUGACAGAGCAGCAGGAAUUCUCCAUGGCGACCAGCACAGCCAACAUCGUCCGGCUGCUGAUAAGAUAUCAGGAUCUCCUUUGGACGAUUCCAAAGUUCAUUUUGACUCAGGUCAGACGACAGAAUAUGGAAAGCCAGCGAAAACUACACAAGGAGAGAGCUGUACGGAAGCUGCUGAAGAAGAUAACCAUUGACAGACCAGUUGAUAAAACUAUCCCAGAGGUGGGAGAUGGUGUAUAUUUAUCGAUUAAGGAGAACACCCAGGGUGUUAUUCGAGUUCAGGCGCCACAGUUCAGUAAGAUAUCCAUGGCGAUUCAACUCACAGAAGAUUUGCAGGCCACUGAUGUAUUAACCCGCUUCCUCAGCCAAGACAGUUCAGUGUCCGUGAAAAAAGAAGAUCUAUGUCUCUAUGAGAUUGGUGGAAACAUCAAGGAGAGAUGCUUAGACGGGGAAACGUAUAUGAAAGAUCUUUUCCAGCUGAACCCUGCAGCAGAGUGGGUCAUCAAAACAGUACAGCGAUAAACUCUGGACCGCCAUCUCGUCCUGCUGGAUCCAAGACUGCUUUAGAUUUCCUGCUGAGACAAAAACGGCAGCUGGUUCUGUGAAGUUUCUGCAGGGUGUGGAUGAAUCGGGAACACGUCGUCGCAGCAAAGAUUUGUUUGAUCCUGAAAUCUGUAAGAGAAUGCUGGCGGUUUGAUUGCAGUUUGUCAUGUUGAGAAACACUUUACUGAAAAUGUGUCUACUAAAGUGAUUUGUGUUGUAAUGAUUCACAGGGAGUUAUACGUUUUUACCGCAGCUGCCUUUCUGAAGCUACAUGCUGUUUUUUUUUUUUAUUGGGACUUGAAGUGAUAGACCUGCAAAAAGUAUUGGAUAAUUGUGGAGUAGAAAGAAAAUCACUUCAGGCUUUCUGAAUUUUUGACAAAAGACGUCUGUAAGUGUGGCGUUCAUUUCUUUUCAGCUCCCUGACUCGAUGCUUUGUAGAACCACAUUUUGCUUCAAAUACUGAUUUUAAGCUUUCUGAACGGCUUCCCUGGCCUCGCUGAAGGAGAGCAACCCGCAGCAUGAUGCUACCUUCACCUUGUUUCCCAGUGGAGAUGGGAGGAGGGAUUUUGCACAGAGGCCAAAAGGUUUUUGAUUUUAGUCUCCUCAGACCAGAGCACCUUCCUCCACACAUUCGCUGUGUCUCAUAUAUGCUUGUAAACUGUGAACAAGAUUGCUUAUAGCUUUCUUUCUCCUCUUCAGUAAAGCCCAAAUUUGCUGAGUGCAUGUCUAAAUUCUCUGAUUGUUGCUCUCCUUGCCCAGCCUGUCACUUUAAGUAGACAGGUAUGUCUUUUUAGGUUUGCACUUGUGCCAAACUCCAUUUUGGGAAGAUGAUUUGAAUAGUUCUCUGAUAUCCUGUUUUAUAACCUAAAUCCUGCUUUAAUCUCCUCCACAACCUUAAACCUGAGCUGUCUUGUUGUUACUUGAUCUCCAUGAUGCUGUUUGUUCCUUAAUAUUAAAAAAAACUCUGAGGGUAUCAGAGCAGCUGGUUACACGGGGUUUAAGUGUAGCAAAGUAAAGGGGACUGAAUACAAAUGCACGUCAUUUGUUUUUGCAAAACAUGGUUCCGUUUCCUUCCACCCAAUACUCUACUUUUUGCUGGUCUAUCAUGAAAUUCUUGUAAAGAACCUUAACAUUUGUGGUUGUAAUGUGAUUGAAAAGUCAAUAACAAGGAGGAGUGUUUGUACUUUAGCCAGGAUGCCUAAAGAAAACCACUUUUUAAAAGUUUUUUUUUUUUUCCACUGGUGGGAAAAUUCUUCCUGUUUCCAUACUGUGAUUUAAUGCUUCUAUUCUACUUUAAUGUGUUUGCAGUAAUUGGAUGGAAAAGUAUGGUGUUGUGCAAUAAUAUGACAAUUGGUAGAUCCCACAUCUAGAUUAUCCAUCAGAUAAAUUAUUUUAGGGUCAUUCUCCUUUGUUUACUAUGAGAGAAUAAUCUAUCUUUUAUUUUAUUAGGCCUUUCAGAUAAGUUUGACCUCUUUAUUGAAUCUUGUAUCAGAGCUGUAGUCCAGAAAGGUGUCGAAAGGGAAUUAUGUAUUUUAGGAGGUCUAACUUUGGCCAUGUGAUUAAACUCUUUGUGUUGUGUUUUUCAGGUAUUAUUAAGAAUAAUCAAAAUUAUUUAAGAUCAUGUUGUCUUUGCAAGGACAUGCAGGGAAGACAUAAAUGAGUACAUUUACAAAGAUAACUUUCUAAUCUGUGGUUUUCUCUCAGCUUUUGAAAACAAUGCAAUGGACAAAAGAGCAACAAUGCUGAGAAACUUUUAAGUGUCCUUUUCCCCCUCACCACUGACGCCGGGUACUGUGUUGCAGAACGGCAAUCCUUUCAUCUGGGAAAAGAAAAUACAUAUUUUAUCUUUUUGCACGUACUGUCCCUUGAGUAGCAGGUUUAUCUAAUUGCUUCUAACAGUCCUUACAUAAUAUCUGCACUGCAAUGUCUAACCUCCCAAACAGUUCACUUCUGGGAAAUUGUGAAGAAUUAACCACAAUGUGAUGAACCUUUUCUGAUUUGUUUUUAAAAUGUACACUGUCACUUUGUGUAAUGUAUGACGUUGGGUGAUUUUUGUUUUCUAAAUGAUGUCUUUUAUUUGCCUUUUAAAUGACCACCACGACUGCCUGUAAAUAAACUUGAAGCAAUUCAUUACCA